CCGACUCCCGCCUCGUCUCUGUCGGCUCCUGUGGUCGUGGAAUUCUCCCACCUGUACAACGGAACAACAAACCAGUCGUGCAUCUCCUGGGACGAGAGCGACAGCUCCUCUGCGCUCGGGUCCUGGUCUCCACGCGGCUGCAGGACGCUGCUCGUCGACUCCUACAGAACCAGAUGCGUUUGUGACAGAUUAUCCACCUUCGCCAUUUUAGCUCGACUCAAUCCUGAGAUGAACAUGGAUAAAGCCGGGCUGGUUCCUUCUGUGACGCUCAUCGUGGGCUGUGGAGUGUCUUCACUGACGCUGCUCCUCCUCAUCAUCAUCUACGUCUCUGUUUGGAGGUACAUCCGCUCCGAGCGCUCAGUCAUCCUCAUAAACUUCUGUCUCUCCAUCAUCUCGUCCAACGCGCUCAUCCUGAUUGGACAAACACAGACGCGGAACAAGAUCUUGUGCACGCUGAUCGCUGCGUUCCUGCAUUUCUUCUUCUUGUCUUCGUUCUGUUGGGUUCUGACUGAGGCGUGGCAGUCGUACAUGGCGGUGACGGGGAGACUCAAGAACCGGAUCAUACGCAAACGAUUCUUGUGUCUCGGAUGGGGCCUCCCCGCUCUGGUCGUCGCCGUCUCUGUGGGGUUUACUAAAGCCAAAGGCUACGGGACGCCCAGCUAUUGCUGGCUGUCUCUGGAGGGGGGUCUGCUCUAUGCGUUCGUGGGACCUGCUGCCGCCGUCGUUCUGGUGAACAUGGUGAUCGGGAUCCUGGUGUUUAAUAAACUCGUGUCCAAAGACGGAAUCACUGACAUGAAGCUGAAGGAACGAGCGGGUCAGAUGGCAGUGCCUCUGUACAAUAUGACGCUCAAAUGUGCCAAGUGUGGAGUUAUCUCUUCGGCUGACGUUUCCACCACAGCUACCAGUAACGCCAUGGCGUCGCUGUGGAGCUCGUGCGUGGUGUUGCCUCUCCUGGCGCUCACCUGGAUGUCGGCGGUGUUGGCGAUCACGGACCGACGCUCCGCCCUCUUCCAGAUCCUCUUCGCUGUUUUUGAUUCGCUGGAAGGAUUCGUGAUUGUGAUGGUUCACUGCAUCCUGAGGAGAGAGGUGCAGGAGGCGGUGAAGUGUCGUGUUGUGGAUCGUCAGGACGACACAAACGGAGACUCUGGGGGCUCGUUCCAAAAUGGCCACGCUCAGCUCAUGACUGACUUUGAGAAGGACGUGGACAUGGCCUGCAGAUCAGGCACCGUGAAGCGCUCCUCCCUGCAGAGCGACGACAAAGCCUCCGCCGGGACCCUGACUCUUCAGAAGGGCUCCAAUUUCAACACGAUGCCGGCGAGCAUGGCCAAAGUCCACCUGCAGAACGUCGCCGACUACACCAGCCACACCCUCACCAUGAGACGGGAGAAAGGAGCCGCUAAAGGCAUCAGCACCGAGCUCCCGGGCGCCAAGUCCAUCUACAUCUGCGACGGAGAACUUUUCAAACAACUCGACGGAGAAAUGCCCAGAGGAAACGGCGAAGGGAGUAGCGCCGAGGGUAAAGGUUACGUCAUAAUGCCGACGAACAACACGGGGAUGCUCAAACCGUCCAAAAGCAAAGACGAUAAGUACAACAUCAACAUAGAGCAGCUGCCCCAGACCAGGCUCAUCCACCUGGCCAACCCCGCCUCCGGAGAACCAGGAUUCGGACUCAAGACUUUACCCGCGGAUCAGGUUAGCGUGUCCUGCUCUGAGAGGGACUCGCCGGCCCAUAACCUGCACCAGACGGCGGCCGUGAACGGAGCAGGGGAUUCUGGGAACUCCGGCGUCAUGACCAAGAGCGAGACCGUGUCCACGCUGUCCAUGAGCUCACUGGAGAGACGAAAAUCACGCUAUGCAGAGCUUGACUUUGAGAAGAUAAUGCACACGAGGAAGAGACACCAGGACAUGUUUCAGGAGCUCAGCAGGAAGACGUACACUGAUAGAGAGUCUCCACCAGAGGGCAGAGCGGCCAAAAGAUGGAGCGUGUCCUCAGCCAGCAGUGACAAGACCAACAUGAGUGAAAAGCAGCAGACGCCCAGUAAGAGGGGCUGGGAGGGCAUCCGGAAGCCCCACUCCCCCCCGUCCUGGGUGCGUAAGGACCUGGAGACGGUGGCCCCGCCCCCCCUGGAGCUCCAGGCGGUGGAGUGGGAGAAGAACAGCGCCACCAUCCCCCUCGUGGGACAAGAGAUCAUGGACCUACAGACUGAGGUGUAA